GAGUGGAGCGGAGGCAGGCAGAGGAAAGAUGGCAGCCGCGGCAGUGGCUGAGUUUCAGAGAGCACAGUCUCUUCUUGGAACAGACCGGAAUGCCUCUAUCGAUAUCUUACAUUCAAUAGUGAAGCGGGACAUCCAGGACAGCGAUGAGGAGGCGGUGCGUGUUAAAGAGCAGAGCAUCCUGGAGCUGGGUGGGCUGCUGGCGAAGACGGGACAAGCUGCAGAGCUCGGGGGGCUGCUGAAGUAUGUACGGCCCUUCCUUAACUCCAUCUCCAAGGCCAAGGCGGCCCGGCUGGUUCGCUCCCUGCUGGACCUCUUCCUGGACAUGGAGGCCGCCACGGGUCAGGAGGUCGAGCUCUGUCUGGAGUGCAUAGAGUGGGCCAAGGCUGAGAAGAGGACGUUCCUCAGGCAAGCGCUAGAGGCCCGACUCAUCUCCCUGUAUUUCGACACAAAGUGCUACCAGGAGGCACUACAACUGGGCUCGCAGUUGCUACAGGAGCUCAAGAAGAUGGACGACAAGGCCCUGCUGGUGGAGGUUCAGCUGCUGGAGAGCAAGACGUACCACGCGCUCAGUAACCUGCCCAAGGCCCGCGCCGCCCUCACCUCCGCCAGGACGACCGCCAACGCCAUCUACUGCCCGCCCAAACUACAAGCAGCUUUAGACAUGCAGUCAGGGAUCAUUCACGCAGCAGAGGAGAAAGACUGGAAGACGGCUUACUCCUACUUCUACGAAGCCUUCGAGGGCUACGACUCCAUCGACAGCCCCCGAGCCAUCACAGCCCUCAAAUACAUGCUGCUCUGCAAAAUCAUGCUCAACGCGCCUGAAGAUGUCCAGGCCCUCAUCAGUGGCAAACUAGCUCUGCGGUACGCUGGCAGACAGACAGACUCACUGAAAUGUGUGGCACAAGCCAGCAAGAACCGGUCGCUCGCAGACUUUGAAAAGGCACUAACAGAGUACAAAGCAGAGCUGAGGGAUGACCCCAUAAUCAGCACCCACCUGACCAAGCUGUACGACAACCUGCUGGAACAGAACCUCAUCAGGGUCAUCGAGCCUUUCUCCAGGGUCCAGAUAGCACACAUUUCCUCCCUCAUAAAACUACCUAAGGGAGAAGUGGAGAGGAAAUUAUCGCAGAUGAUUCUGGAUAAGAAGUUUCACGGUAUUUUGGACCAAGGUGAAGGCGUGCUGAUUGUCUUCGAUGAGCCGGUGGUGGACAAGACGUACGAGGCAGCACUGGAGACCAUUCAGAACAUGAGCAAAGUGGUCGACUCGCUUUACAACAAAGCCAAGAAGCUUACAUAAGAGAGAGUGAAACCGACAGUCCUCCUGUCCGGAGUGACGUGGGCCAGUCAGACCUCCGUCGAUCGCUCACUUCAACCCGGGAGGGACGAGGGGAGGAGGACGAGGAGAUUACAAACACUCAACAACCCAGCAAGCAAACAAACCAGCUGACCAACUGAAGACAACCCGACGGAACAACAACGCUGACAGACAGGGUGGACUCUCGGCUCCUCCUGGUCCUCCCCCGGCCCCUCCGCCCUCCUCCUCCCCCGCCUCCUGUCACCGUCUCUACCUUCCAAUCUGAUUGGGGUUGAUCAGACACAAAGUGCUCCUCCCUAUGGACAAAUCCAGGCACUGCGCCCUUCUUCCUCUCCUCUCCCACCCACCACUGGUUUCUACAGUAUGUAAAAAACAAAAAAAUUGGACAAGCCUCCCUUCUCUCCCACCUCGUUUUUUUUUUGUUUUGUUUUGUUUUUUUCUUCCUGUUUCUCUCUGCGCUGGCCAUCAGGGAAUCUUGUAAAAUAACAAUAAAGAAUACAUAUACAGUACUUAUACAUACAUGUAUUAUAAAAACAAACAAAAAAAACAAACAAAAAAAACCAAACAAAACAUGUUGGGUCUGUUUUGAGAGUGUAACCGGGGCAUGGGGGGGUAAAGGCGGGUAGCUCGGUCUGCCCCUCACCGGAUUCUGUUCCAUUUGCCAACCGGCCCUGAAACUGAAUGUUUGAAUUUUUCUUUUCUGCGGUUGUGAAAAAUCCAGGAACGAUUUAGCGGGGCGUCAGAACGAGGCCCUCCCCCCCCACCUCCCAUCUCCUCCUUUCUCCUCACAUCCUCGACCUCCCGACUCCCCCCCCGCCCGAGUGCUCUCACUCGCUCACUCACAAUGCAUUCUGGGAUUCGUGGACCAUACAGGGAAUUGCUCUUUCUGUCCACUUGGGACCAUGCCACAAGGAGAGAGGGGGGACAUUCACCACCACCAACACCACCGCCACCACACCGGGGUCUCCUGUAAACCCCUCCUCUUCCUCCCCCUUCUGCACCUCCUGUUUGUAUAUAACAUUGCCAAGCGCCUGUGUUCAUCCAAGGCCUGAUGUAUUCACACUGUCGCCCCCCUAUCCCCCCAUUACCCCUUUUUUUAUAAUGCGUAAGAACAGAGUAAAAACCUCGCCUCCGAGAGCUUGGUCGGUCACACACAAAGUGCUUUUUAAGGCUCGAGAUGUGACUCUUGUGUUCUGACAUGUGAUGAGUUGAUUGUGGUGGGAAAAAGGCAGGUUUUUGCUGAAGAAAUUAAAGCUGUACAUUUCUGGGAACUAAACUUUGCAAGGACUCGAGGGUUUACCAUAUAUGACAUGGAGAAAGACAAAUGCUAAUAAAAAAAAAAUUUAAACCUGCAA